UUGGUAUGCUUAUGGUGGAAAGUUGCGUAUUGUUUACAAUGACGAGAUAAAUAAAGUAACCAACUGAACAGGUUAAUGUUAGCAUAUUCAACUGUUCUGUAUAACUAUAAAACAGUUUUCUGUACUAAGCCAUGCAACUUUUAUAAUGUCCGUUUAUAAUCGGUGUUUUACAUGUUAGGAGCCGCUGCUUCUGACUUCGCAAGGUUUUAUCAGAGGUGAUGGGUGUUGGUAAACUGCUUAGUUGAACCGUUAAUAAGGCCGACUGCAAUGUUCAUAAUUCUGUAAUACUGAUUAUCAAGUGAAUUAUCAUGGAUAUCCCCCUACCAGAGGAGUCUCAACCCCCUGGGCUGCAUGAUGGGCAAGGUUCAUCGGGAUUUCCACAGUGUGAUAACAUUCCUCUACCAUCAUGUGGUUUGCAGUUCAACACUGCUGCUUUCCCUCCCCCAAUUCCACCAACUGCACUGCCAAUAGCAGCACCAGUCUUACCACCAGAAGCAGCACUACCUCAGCAAACAGCAGAAGCAAAUAUUGAGCAAGCAGAUGAUCCAAAUAGGUAUUCACCAAGCCGUGCAACUGCUGAGGAUGAUAUUCCUAUCACUCCUCCUCCACCAAAGUCUGAACCUCCUCGUGCUCAUUCAUUUGGACCUAAAACUACUGUGCUCGGGAAGGCCCAAGCUAAGAAGAGGUUGCUUGCUUUCUCCAUGACAAAACAAGGUGGUGGAGCAGGAUUGUCUUUUGGUUUCCAGAAGAAAAUGGUGCCAAAAGUGAAUACUGGUAGUGCAAAGGUAUUUGCAGGCACUGCAGUGGAUGAUGAUGGGGUUCAAGAAGCUAAGGAUGCAGCAGUGAAACAAGAGAAACAGGCUUCUCAAGUGAAGAAGAAAUCUUCAAAGAAAGGGCUUACGAGAGAUGACAAGGCACGGGCUGUUGUGUCAGCUAUAGAGGAGAUAAAGAGAGAGGAGCUGAUGCUUAGAGGCGUUAUUGCAUAUGGUAGUCUGGACAUGAAGACAGCUGUCGGAGACAUGACAGCCCCUGUGCCACUCCUGGGGCAGCCUCUGGGAAUGCCACUUAAACCCAAGGAUGACUUUGAUUUAAGUGGAAACCCACUAUUGGAGCAGCAGAAAGGUGCAAUUGAGUCACUGUUAGACAGCCUGUUGUCACAGAGUGACAAACACAGUAAUGACAAAGGUGCAGUGAAUUCUGAGGCAGAGGCAGAUGGAGGAAGAUCUGAAAGACAUGAUGGAGGGAGGAGAAAGGAAGACAGGAAAAAAGACUCUGAUAGAGGCACCAGUAGUCGACGCAGGGCCAGUGGGCGAGAAAGGAGAAGAAGCAAGGAACGACACAGUCGGAGUGGAAAAGAUAGACACAAGGAUGGAAAACGAUCCCGUGCUCCACCCACAGAACUGCCCAUGAACUGGACUCAGUUUCGUUCAGGUGGUUAUCGUAUAGAAGAGAUUAGACGCCUCAAACUGAAGUUAGAUGACCGAGAUCUGGGAGGCAGCUCAAGUGGCAGUCGUAGAAGAGAUAAACAUUGUAGGAGGUCCAGGGAUCGCAGAAGCCGGUCUCGGGAAGAUAAGAAGCACCGUAAGUCACCAGCUCGUGAUGCUUAUAAGGAAUGUAAAACUGAAGAGGAGUUGGAAUAUUUAUAUCGUCCAUUUGAUGGUCCAUCUCGCUUGCGUUUCCCUCUGGUUAUCACAAACCCUACACAGAUGAUUAUAGAAUAUCCCCGAAGUUUUGUCCGUUACACAAAAACUCGGCCACCAGUUUCAUUCUGUGAAAGUCCUGACUCAACCAGUGCUCAGUUCCGUUCACGGGCUGAAGUGUUUGGUGAUGCCACCUCUGAGAUGGUGGAAGUCAUGAAAGAAAUCAUUAACAGUAAGCAGAAAGAAGAACUGAUCCAAAUUAAACGAGAACCUGAUGAGAAUCUUUCCAGCAGCUUGGCAGCUCUACAGGUGUCAUAUGAUGAGGCAGAGGUUGGAGGCAGUCCGUCCUCCCCUGAGAAUGUCACUGAUGGCAGACGGAAAGAACGAAGUUGGUAUCCUGAAAAAGACUAUAUCAUGUCAACAGAACGUGAAGAUAAAGAUGAAAGUUCAAUUACUGAAACUGAAAUAGUUAUCAAAAAUGAGAAGGAGGAUUUAGAAAUGGAUAGGGAGAAUGUAACAGAUAGGAAACUGUCAGUAGAAGUGAUGGAUGUUGCUGAAAAUGACCACCAAACAUUAUCAAAUAAUGAACAAGUUAAAGAGAAAACACCUCAGAUGCAGUCUCCUGAUGUAACUGUUGGUGUGCCAAAUACUGAAAGGACUACAGUUCGUUCAAAGUGGGACAGUGAUUAUGAAGAAGAUAUGAUGUCAGCCGAAGAAGCCCACCAUGAUGUCACUGGAAAGGAAUCCUAUAACUGUGAACUAGAGGAUUCCAGCAAACUCACUGGUCCAGAUUAUUUAGCAGAAGAAAGUAAAAAUAGGGGCACCGGGGAAUAUGAUAAGAGCUCAGACACCCAAGGAGAAGAGCAACUAUUACAAGAUGAAGAGGGGCAAAAUUCAAGGAUGGAAGAACAGAAAAAGAAAGCUCAUCUAGAAGAAGGAAGCAAAGUAAUGGAAGAGACUAAAGAGGAUGGUGAUGAUGAAGGUAGUGAAGGUGGUGGUGAUAGUGAUGAUGAAGAUGGUUGUGAUGAUGAUGAUGAUGAUGAUGACGACGACGAUGAUGACGAUGAUGAAGAAGAAGAAGGAAAAGAAGAAGGUGGGGGUGAUGGUAAGGAUGCUGAUGUCGAGGAUAUGCAUGCCAGUGAAUAUACUUCGCAGACGGAUGAGCUGAACAAAGAAAACUUGGUUUGUGCAGAGACUAGCAGUGAAGGUAACACAGAUCAGAAGCUUGUCUCAGAAUAUGAGGAAUUCAUGAAAGCUGUGAGCUCUGAAACUAUUGCUGCUGAUGAACAAGGUGAUUCUGGUGAUGAACCAUGUCAGCAUCUAGAAUCUGCAGAAUCAGACAGGGAGGCUUCAGAAGGAGAUAUAUUUGAGAGACGACAGAUGGAACUAAGUGUAAAUGAUACAUGGGAUGAAGAUAGCAAAGAGGGAGUGGAAAGUAAGGAAGAUAGGGUAAAUACUGAUUUCAUGUUGCAGGAGGAAGUGAUUAGAAAAGGAAGGGAAAGUAGUUCUAAAAAGAAGAAGAAACAGGACUCCAGACCACGAUCCAGUUCCUCUUCUAGUGAAGAAGAAGAAGAAGAGAAUUUGAAAAUUAAGAAACAUGAAAAGAGACGAAAAAGUAAUAGGGAAAUUGAGAAAAAAAUGGGUAGUCGUAGGAAAUUGUACACUAGUGAUGGUAGCUCCAGUAGUGAUGAUUCCAGUUCAUCUUCUAGUGAAGAAGACACCCGUGAAAAGAGAAAACAUGUUAGGAAAAGAGGGAAAGCUAGAAAGAAUUCAGAAGAUGUAAGUGAUGAUGAACUCAUGGAAAUAUGUGAAAAAAUUAAUUCUGAACAUAAGAAGGCAUCAAGGAGAAAAAAGAAAUAUUUUCAUAGAAAAAAGCAGCAGCGUAAACGAAACAAGAGACGGAAAGUUGAGACAAGUUCCUCAUCAGAUGAUAGCUCAGAUUCAGAUGAAUCUUCUUCAAGUAGUUCUGAAAGAGGCCGUAAACGCCACAAAAAUAAGGAAAGUAGAGGUUAUCGGAAGAAUGAUGAGGACAGUAGUUCUGAGGACAGCAGCAGCUCCAGUUCUUCAGAUUCAUCUUCUUCAUCGUCAUCCUCUCAUGGAAAGAGGUCAAAGAGGAGGAGGAGAAAAAGUUCAAAGAAAGCAAAAAAAGAGGCACGCAGGAAAAGAAAAGAAAGAAGUAGAAAGAGAAAGAAGCGUUAUCGUCAUUCUACAAGUGGUGAAAUGGAGAAGAGUGGCAAAAGCAAGAUUUCCAAAUCAAGUCAAAAAGGAGAAGGGAGUCACAGAUUAUCAGGCAGCAGACACUUGAAUAAUAAGGAUGACACAAUCAGCUUAGAGGAAUUGGAGGCACAGAUAGUGAAAGUUAGACAUCAGGAUGGUGAUGAUAUGUCUGCAAGGCACCUUGGAAAUGCUUCUGAUGUAGAUAAUGAACAAAAGAAAAGGAAUAGAAAAAUAAUGAAGGAAAACAGAAGGGCAUUAACAUUAGAGUGUAGUAAUAGUAAUAUUAGCAGGGACUGUAAAGUACUGAGUCAGGGUGAAAACGAAGAGAACAAAAAAGAAAACCGUGGAAUGUUUGUGGGCAAUGAUGUGAGUUCUUCUGGUGAGAGUUGCUGGGAAGAGAGUCAUAGGCCUAAGAGAAAACGAGACAAGGUUACAGAAGAUAGUCACGAAAGAGUAAUGAAUAAUGACACAAUAGAAAUAGAAGAAGAAGAAGGAGAAGUAGAAAAGAGAAAAAUUUUGAAGAAAAGACGCCGCGAUCGGUGCUCCCGUUCUGCAUCACCCUUGAACGAUUUCAGUCGAAAACGUCGACGAUCUCCAUCGACUUCUCCUGAACACUCACCCACUCCACAGCGUCGUAGCUCCAGUGAUGCAAAAGAAAAAGGGCACAAAGAAAGUGCCACAUCCAGAAAUCAGACAGAUAGUGGAUGUAAUUUAAAGCAUGGAGAUGGAGAGGGGCGAAAGAGAGGGCAUAGUCAAGGUGACAUGGAGUUGGACCCAACAGAUUUUGUAGACCAAUCAGGAAUCAGGAAUCAUUCCUUCAUGGAAGAAGUGGACCAGUCAGGCUUUGAAAGUUAUGCAGAUGAUACGUUUGAAGGAUUCAAAAUCAAGCAAAGAGAGGUGACACUGGACGAUAACAGGAUCAAGUACAUCACUUCCCAGUAUUUUAGUUCAAGUGGUGAAGAUCAUGGCAGGGAGAAUAGGCAUACAGAGGAUUUUGUGAGUCAGAAUGAAAAUAAAGUCAACAGGAGACAUGGUUUAAGACAAAGUGACUGUGAAGUUGUAGAUAAAAGUUCUGAAAGGGAAAGAGAUGAUUUUGAGAAAGACAGUAGUUCACCAAUGUUGAGAAAAACGAGACAAGAAAUUGUUGGUGAGGACAGAGGAGAUGAGCCAUUAGCAGAAUGCGGUAAAGACAAUAAACCACGCAUUAAACAUGACAAUUGUAAGAAUUUUAACACCGAGACAAGUGAAGACUGUUGUGACCACUUUGGUUUUUCCAGAUCGAUUGAAAAGAAACAAAUGCAGAAAUUGAGUCACAGAGUUGCAGAUUUUGAAGAAUCAGAUAGUAUAUAUAGUCCAGGUGAUCCUUUUGAAAGUAGAUUAAAUUCUGAUUCUGUGAAAAAGAAUGUGUCUGACUACAUUGACUCAUCAAGUCAAGAUUCAAAGGUGGCUGACAGUUAUCCUUGUGAUAUGUCCUUGGAUAGCCUGAGUAGUCCACCUUGUAGUGUAGUAGAGGAGCCUGAAGCUGUGAUACAUAAUGAGCAUUCAUGUCGUAUCUCUCCAUCAGUUUUGGGAAAUCUUAAAGUCACUGGCCAGUGGAGUGGUUGCAGUUCGAGAAGUCGGGGUUCAUCUUUGAAGGGUGAUAUUCCUCAGAUUGACUCAUUCAUGUCAUUGGAAAACAUUCCAUUGCCACCACCAGCAUCUCAGAGUGAAGGGAAUGAAAAUGAGAGACAGCAUGGCUUUGAGGACAAUGAAAAAUCACAUGAAAUUCUGCCUCCUUUACCAUCAACAGUAGCACCACAAGUAGGCAGCAGCAGCAUCAUCAGUAGUAGCACCAGCAGCACCAGCAAUAGCAGCUUCACUGAAGAUAUUCUUGGCCACGUUACUACUUCUGAUAAUGAUACAAAAGCAUCUGCAUCCCAGCCACUUGAAUCCUCGCUUGGUCUGCGCAAACCUUUAGGUAAACCCCCAAUGCAGAAACAUGUAAUCACAGUAAAGCUUCUUUCUCCUCUUGCCCGACUUCAGAGUGCAUCUGAAAGUAAAUCUUCACAUUGUGAGACCUCAGAUAUACAAGCUCAGACAAUAGUUUCUAAUGAGAUAGCAGAUUCUUCUCAUAGAUCUGUUGAAAUUGAAAGCAGAAUUGAAAACAAACAGGAACAUUACAAGAGCAUCAAAUCAGUAUGUCACAAAGAGGAUAGUGCAUCAAAUGAAGUGAAUAAGAGCAGUGAAACAGAGUCAAAAAUACAAAUCAAACAUCCAUGGACUUCUUUUGGCUUUUCUUUUAAAGCUGAUGGUAGCAGUUUAACAUUAUAUGAUGACAUUUUGGAAUCAAAUGCCGCUGAAGAACAGGUGUCUUCAACAACUGUAAAACCAGUUCAAGAGGUUGAUAAGCAGGAGAAAGGUCAGUCUAGUGAAGCUGUUGCCAAGGAACGCACACGUAAAAGACCAUCCCGUUGGGGCAUGAUGACAGCUCCCAUCAAAUGCGUCACAGAAGACAUGCAACAAGAUGAUGCUAUCACCUCUCAGCAGAAGUGCGAUACAAAUCACAAUCAUUCUGCAGCAGCUGUAGCUGGUAGCAGUUGUUCAGAAGGAAACAAAGAGUCAUACAACUAUAAGCAACACAUUGUUCUGGCAGAACCUAAAUCAGAAGAUAUAUUAAAUAGAAGGAAAUUCACUGAAGAAUGUGACAUGGAUUUAGGGUCCAGUCAGUCUGAAAAUACAAGAAAAGAUGAUAGAGAUUCAGACAGUUGUAAAAUCUUUACCGACAGACAUUCCAGGGAUGUUGAUAGAAGAGAUAGGAGGGAUAAGGGGAAAGAGAGAGACAGGGAGAUAGCCAGAGAUGAAUCUGAAGACAGGGAUAUAAGUAAAAAAGUCAUAGGUGAAGACAUGGAAACUAACAGCAGGCAGUUGGAAGAAAGAGACAAAGAUAACAGAUUAGAAGAAAGCUCAAAUGAGAGAGAAAAGAGGGAUAGUAAGAGAGGAGAGACUACCAAUUACAUGGAAAAUGAAAGGCAAGACUGUGAACAGAGAAAAAAAUAUAAAGACUGUGACAACACUAAUGUAGAACCACAUGACAGAAAGAGCAUCUCUGACUCACAACUUUCAUCUGAUUACAAAACUGACUGGGAGGAUGGUGGUGAGAACUCUCAUGAAAAAAGAGAAAUCAUGAGGUCAGAUCUGGGAUGGGGAGACAGUGGGGACUGCAUUCCAAGACUGAAUUCUACUGCGGAUCCUCCUUGGGAAAGCAGAGUUGUGCGUUAUCGGUCACAGUCAAGGUCACUUUCACCUGAAUUCAGGGGCUGGGAAGAUCAGCCUGCUAGCAGGAUAACAGAAGAUGAUCAGGAUAUAAGUAGGUUGGAUGAACAGAGGUAUGUGGGUCAUCCACGACUCAGCCUUGAGAAACUCGACAGUGCAGAAGAUGAUCGAGUCAGGGAGGGCAGUACUGUCAGAAACAGUAGUAGAGACUGUGAAAGAAUGAGAGAGAGCAGUAGAGAUAGGAUGGGAGGAGGUAGCAGAGACAGGCUAAGGGAAAGCAGUAGGGACAGGGACAGAAUAAGAGAGAGCAGUAGAGACCAUGAUAGAAUGAGAGACAACAUCAAGGAUCAUGACAGAUUGAGAGAGAGUAACAGGGACCCAGAGAGGAUGAGGAUGAGCAGUAGGGAUAGGAGCAGACUGCGUGAUAAUAGCAGAGACCGAGAUAGGUUGCGGGAGAAUAGUAGAGAUCGAGAAAGGUUGAGGGACAGUAGUAGAGAUAUGGAUAGGAUUAGGAGUAGCAGCAGGGACCAAGACAGGAUGAGAGAUAAUAGUAGGGACCGUGAGAGGAUUAGAGAGAGGCAGGAAGAUAGGGAAAGGAGAGAUGAAAGAUGUAUACGAGAUCGGUGGAGUGUUGACCUGGACAGAAGUAGAGAUCGGGAAAGGGAGAGGAGAGGGGACAGGCAUUGGGAGAAGGUGAGGCGGGAGAGAAAAAAGGAUGACAGAAGCAGAGAACGUGAUAGAGACAGAGGUCGAUGGACUGAAAGGAGAAGUCGCAGUCCAAUAGGUGAAGAUCCAAGAGAGCAUGAAAGUACUACACCGGGGUACUAUAUCCCAGAUAUCCCAUUGCCCGUGACUACCGAUGGUGAGUCAUGGGGUCCAAGUACUGGAGUUGGUUCAGGAGAAGCUGACAUGGAACUCAGUUGUUCACCAGCAUCAUCCCCAUUAGUUGGAUUUAAGCGCAGCCUUGCUGAUUCUACCAUAAGUGAUUCUGAGUUAGUUGCUGCUGCAGGGAAGCAAGAAGAGCAUCAUCCAUCAUCUCCAUUUCAACAGUGCAGUGGUUAUUAUAAUAUGGACUGUUAUCCUCAAACUCGGGAAGAAUGUGCAGCAUCUCCAACUGUCUCCCCAUCAUUUUCACCCAAGAGAAUAUCCCUAGAUGACCGAAUUGAAUUGGAACUUGGAGUCAAGAAGAGUCCACCACCGUUGCCACCUACACCACAGCAGAUUCCCGUGUACCAUCAACAUCAGUCAUACGCUACACCUUAUGCUGGCUUUCAAGGUGGGAGCUACUACCCUAUUCCACCUCCUCAGCCACAUUAUGAAAGUAAUCCUGUUACUCUGUCAGGCAGUGAGAAAUUGAUGCCUGGACAUCAUUAUAUGCAUCCUUGUGAAGAAUUUUCAGGCCCACCACAACAUGAAGCUUUGCUUCUUCACCAUAAACAAUUUAUUGGAAGGCCACCAGAAGAAAAGUAUGGGCCAACCAUUCCAAAACGCAGGCCACCACUUCUACCGACUCCUAGCAAUAUAGCUCCUGAUAUGAGCCACUGGGAUUCCCCUGAAGCUUUCAUUGGUGCACAGGAGGUCCAUAAGAUGCUAGUGACACCUGAACAUGGACGACCAGUGAUGGUGGCCUCGGAAGCAUUUAUGGGGACACAGCAGAUGGGUAGCAGCUCUCAUGUUGUGCAGGUGGGGAAUGUGCUCCAGGUUGUUCCUACUGAUCUGCCUCCUGGCAGUGUGCUUGGGACUCUGCCUCCACCUCCACCCCCAGCUCAGCAGUCACAAGCCCAUAAAUCGGUAGUCCUUCAGUCAGGCAAUGUGCUUCAGGUCAUACCCAGUGAGAACCUUCCUGUGCCAAAUGCUUGUGGGAGUGGGGGCACACAGGUAUUUCAGGUGGGAAACAUGUUGCAGGUUAUACCUGGAGCCAGCCUCUCUCCUGCACCUCAUCAGCCUGUUGUUGUGGACCCGGCCAAGGUGACGAUUGCUCAUCCUCCUCCAACACCUCAGUCUGGCAUUCAGACUCAUGGGACAACAGAAAUGUCCAAAGGGCACAGUCCCAUUGCCAAGGUCCCACCGAGCCAAAGACAUGCAUUGCCCAUAGUACCAGGCCCUUUAUUGCCACUGCCUGCUACACCAGCUAAUUCAAUUAUAACAGUGGACACCACCUCAGGGGCAUUUCCACCACACCCUGUAUCUGCAUCCGGGUAUUCCCCUCCUGCCUCGCCAUUCCUUAUCAGCGAGCCACAGGCGCCACUGUUAUCUGCUGAAAUGGUACCUCUGGUAGCAGAGGCUCCAAUUCCGUUCCUCUCGCCAUCUGAGUCUCCUAGAGAAGAAGCAGAAAGGCGACGUGAAGAACGGGAAAGACGACGCCAAGAGAAAGAGAAGCGUCGGCUUGAGAAAGAGAAGAGACGACAGAUCAAAUUGAAGCAUGCUGCUGAUAAUUUAAUCAAGAAAGCCCUUCAACAAGAGGGAGAACAGACAGACAUUGACUUGGAAGAGAUGAGAUUAAUUGAGGAAGCAAUGCGUCAAGUUCCUGACUGCGAGGAUGAACCAGCUCCAGAAGCACCUCCAGUAACUCCUCCGAAGAAGAAACGACGAACACCUGUGCAAGUGAAACCACUGCCUCCUGCUGGCAAGGGCAUUCUUAUAUCUCCUGGCUUCAGAGAGAAGUCAGUAUCUGGGGAAAAUGAAGGAAGGAAGUCAGUCAAGUUUGCUGAUGGUGUGCGGCCUGGGGAGGGCACUUCACCUUCAGCAGGGGAAGAUCUGCCAUCACCUCCACCACCGCCACGGAAGCUUCCAAAGGAAAAGAGGUUUAAGAAAAGGAAGAAGAAGAAAAUUAAGGUAAUGGUGAAGAUUAUUCGGCAAAUAAAUGUUGAGGAUGAUGAUGACGACGAUGAUGAUGACAUUUCUCCUCCCCCACCUCCACCGGGCUCACCACCUCCUCCGCCAGUGUACCCUCCAGCAUUCCCUGCUGGAUACCCCCCCUCAGGAUAUGUAUAUUCACAGCCUGCAACCUACACAGUGUUACCUGGAACUGAGGGGGGAGCCACAGCCUCUGCAGGGUCUGCCACGGUUUUCACUCCAAUGUAUCAUCAGCAUCACCACAGCACUACCACCACUACCACCACUGUUCAGUUUGCACCACCUCCACCUCCUCCAAGUCCACAUACAUACCCACCAACUGGAAAGCAACGUAAAACAAAGUGACCGAUACAUAUUAAGCUUUAUGUCCACUUCCUGCUCCCUGUUCUCUCCAUUAAGCACACAAGUAGAUGACCAAAUAUAGACCUUUAAUUCACUUACAGCAGGAUUGUUAACUGCUGUUAUGCUGAAGUAAUCCCCUGCGAAGGAGAUUUUUUGCUGUUGUUAUGCAUCUUUAAAGCUUUUCGGAUUGAAAGUUUAUGUAUGCUCACUGAAUGUAUGCAGAAGAUACCAUCAUAUCUUGUCACUGAUGAUGGUAUUCAGCAAGACAGUGGAAGCUGGUGGGCUUGAGGAUGGAAGUGACAAGCAAAUACUAUAUUGUUUUUUCAUAAUACUUGAUAAUCACCUUCCUCUUGACUUAGAAUUUUGACUGGUUCAAACACCACAUUGGAGGGAACGUUGGCUCGUUUUAUUGUAAGGGGCUAAUUCGGGAGUGGCAUCUCUGAGUGAAGAUCAUAAAAGCUUUUGACAUGAGAAGACAACUGGACUUCUCUCUUCCUGCUUUAGGACUCUGAAAGUGACCAGUUAAGAAGACCAGGUUUGUAAUAUGCUUUCUGUCAAUGUCAGCAAGCAUUCUUCUGUGGAUUGUCAGUAACUUUCAAUAUAAGUACAGGAUUUUCGGUUUGUAAAUGAGACGAUAAACAUAAAUUGAAUGUUGUCAUAAAUGCUCCUGUGAUUAGGAGAAUCAUAGUUUAUUGUCUGCAUAUGGAUUCAUGUUGUUUCCUGCAAUGUUUAUCCCAUUGUGGAUGUAAGUGAAAUCAGAUGAGUUAGUUUCUGAAGAAAGGAAACCAUGAAUAGGAAUUAAUUACACAAUUUAAAAUCCAGAUACUGAGAACUAUUAAGAUUUUUCCCUUGACUUGUUUAUGGGAAUUAAGUUCCUACAAAUAACAUUUUGUUCUAUUCCCUGUAAUGAAGUAACCUGAGUUUGGUGGAGAUGCUGAGUCAGAGGAAAGGUCACCCCAACAUUUGACAUCUUCAUGCCCUAAUAAAAUCAUUUAUCUUUGGUGUGUUUCAAUAUUGAUUAUUUAAAAGCAGAUUCAGAUUACAGUGGUAUAGGCUUGUAAUAUAUAUCAGUUAUUACUAAUAUGAUAAAAUAAAUAGGUAAUUGGUCACAUUUUUCAUUUGGGGGAGGGGGUAUGGUCAGUACAAUGUGAUUGGACAUAAAAAUUAUUUAAUGUGUAUGGUUUAUAGUCAUGUUAUAUGUAUACACGGAGUAUGACUGCGUUGUCUCUUGGUUUAUGUAAGUAUGUUGAAUACAGUGCAGGCCACAGUUUGUCCAAGAAAGUUUUGUUUUGUGUGUAUAUACUCUACUAGCAAGUUAAACUACAGCAUUAAUGUGAGGAUAAUGGUCAGCUAUUUACAGAAGCUCCUAUGCCUCUGUCCUGUAGUGUAUAUUGCACUGUUGUUUGGAUUUAGAAGUAUAUGUUGUAAAGUGAGUUAAGUGCAAUCCAAUAAUGAAAUGCAUAAAUAGGGGUAAUAGAUGAGUCAUGUAUCUUUUUAAUAAAUGAUAAAAGGAGAUGUCACUUAGUAAAAUAUAUAACAAGGAAGUUUGUUAAUAGAUAUAUGAUAUGACUGAAUUAUGUCAGUCAUGUCAUAACUGCAGUAAAACCUGGUUAUAAUAUUCUGUUCAGUACAACAUCCCUUGUUGAUAAUGACCACUUCUUUAGAAAUCUGGAGUAGUAUUUAUGCCAUAGAUAAGGUAAUGUAUUACAUUUCUGUUUAUGCAUGUUUAUACAGUAUAGCCCCUGAAGGAGUUAAUGAUGAAGGAAUGAAGAUGCUGAGGCUGUACAUGACAACCUAAAACUUCUAGGGACUGUGCCAUAUCUGCAGUGACACUCUUUCCAAGGAGAUGUUACCUGCAUGUGAAUUGGUGUGUGGUGUCAGGAACCAGACCUUAGUAUCUGUCUGUUCCAGGAUCUCCCAUAUAACUCUCUUGGUCUUGGUAUCAUGGUGCCUGCAGCCACACUAAUUCUUACUACAGACACAUAACACUAAGUAAGAACGUUCAUUGUCAAGUUUGUUUAAGAGUAUACAGUCUUUGGGGAUGUGCCACUGUGUGUCUUGUGGUAGAUCAUGGCAUCACAUACAAGAAGAUGAAAUUUACAGUCAUGAGAGCCUGAAAACUUUAUUAUGUUCAGAAAACUGUAGUUCAUCAUAUGUGAAUGAAGCUUCUUGCAUAUCUACAUUAUUUGGAGUUACAUGCAAAAGUAAGGAAUUAUGGGUUGUGUUGUUUUGUUUAUAAUGUGACCAGGAACAUGCCCUUCAGCUGGAAGAUUACAAACUUUAUUCUCAUACUUGAAUACACUAUUGGGAACUACUGUUUAAUUCUUUAACUGUCAUUGAGUCUUUAUGAAUGUAAUUUACCAGUGUUAAAUUUGUAACUCACACUUUAUUGCUAGGCUUCCAGGUAGUUUGUUCAUCAUUACUACUCUUGAAAUUCUGAAUAUGUUAACACUUUUCCUGCAGUACAUAUAAAAAGGAUGUUACAUUUCCAGAACGUCUCCAUUCAGACUUUGUAAAAUGGUUAAAAUACUGAUAAAUUGCAGUAGUACCAGAGAAAGUGGUGUUCAGAAUGUUGUUUCCCAUGUACAUGGAAAGUGAUGUGAGGAAAACAGUGGUGUGUGAGUAGCUGCCAGUGAAAGUGUUAAGUAAACAAUGUAGAACACACUGGAGAAAAUUAAAGGUAGCAUGAACUUGGAAGUUGUGAGUUAACUCUGGAUUUUACAGUGCAUUAAUUUUUUUAUAAAUGCAGUCUUAGUCUGGGCUCCUUGUAACCAGGUUUUACCAGUUAAUAUUUAGAUUCAGGACUUAGUAGAUUUCCUCUGGUGUUAAUUUCUGUGUUUUAAAACAGCAUGUUUCGUACUACCGUGUACAUGAAGAAUACCGCUGCUUUCACUUAGAUCCUUCAGUAAAUAAAAAUACUUUUCAUUAUUAUAUUUCUGCAGAUGAAAUAUCCUGUACAGAACCUCUGUGUGCAUUGAAAAGUAAUGUUACCAAGUGUAGUAAAUUGAAACAUUGAUUCAUACUGUCAUAAUUAUAUUGUCAUAGGUGGGAAACAGAUGUAAAUGACAGAUUUUGAAAUAAAUUUGGAAAUGUCAUAAA